UAUUUACUGGUGAUGGAGAAACCCUGAUCCCGAGGCCGUAGGCACACACACUAAACAUAGCUGGAAAAACCACAGGAGCUGUGGCUUCGUUUAAAAUCUGUCUGGAUUGGGGCACCUGGGUGGCUCAGUCCUUAAGCAUCUGCCUUCAGCUCAGGUCACGAUCCCCAGGGUCCUGGAACUGAGCCCUGCAUCGGGCUCCCUUCUCCAUAGGAGGCCUACUUCUCCCUCUCCCACUCCCCCUGCUUGUGUUCCCUCUCGCUGUGUCUCUGUCAAAUGAUUAAGUAAAAUCUUUAUUUAAAAAAUUCUGCCUGAAUGGGGAAAUAACUUGCUAAUAGUUGAGAGGUUACUUCAUAAUAUAACAGGUGACAGUUUUGUGUACUGGGGGGGCAGUGGUUUUGGGGGGUAAUGUGAGGGAAAGGCCUCAGCUAAAUUUGAAUCUUGGUUUGGGGACAAAUUGUGAUUUUAGGAUAGUUGGGUACGUUCUGUUUCAUGUGCCUUUAAAGUAGUCUAUUUUCUAUAUUUUAUAUAAUGUGAAACUGUACGCGACAAAGUUCGGAACCAGAUUACCCAGGCCAUCAGCCUCUAGUAUUCCAACCUUCCCAACAGUCAGGGGACAACGCUGCCGUUUCGAGCAACAGGCACCAUGUGAUUUCUCAUCAAGACAAUCGUGUGAGGUCUUUGCAGGGAGCAACUGAUGUCUGACAACUCAUCACAGGACAGCCUCCAGUGCCCUCUCCCUCUCAUGGAACCGGAUUCCUGGAGGAAGGACCCGCAGGGGCUCAGGACUCCAUGCUUGGUUAGUGAUCUGGUAGUACCAUCUGAAAGUCCUCCACGAUAGCAGAGCCAACAGUCCCCCAUUUUGUAUUUGCAGUGGUCUCCAAGGAUUACAGAGACAGCCCUGUUCUCCAGUUUGCUUGAUAAAGACUGUUGCUUUAAAGAGGUUGAGUGAUGAUGAAAAUCAGACUAUCUUCACGGAACACUCUGCUACAAAAAUGAAAAGUGCAGCCAGAAACAAGAAGAUGCUGGAUACAUAGGUAGAUAAGUAGGUUGGUAGGAAGGUAGGUCAGUAGGUAGGUACAUAGAUAAAUGAGGAGAGAGAGAGAGAUCUUGAAUUUUUACCUAAGGAAUGCCAAAGGUAGUAAAAGCAAUCUAUCUGGGGAACCUACGUUCCCUUGUCUCUACAUGUGAGUUGCAAACUAAAACCUUCAGUAGUUACUGUCUGUAUUCUUGGUGUUUCUAGGGUUUCCUGUUGGUUGGCUUGGCUUGGGGUUUGGUCCACGUAGCAGGUAGAUGGUGGUCUCUCCAGAGAACUCAAUUUUAUCUAUUUCUUCCAUUUGGAAGAAAGCUUGUCAUUCAUUCAUUCACUAAAUCUUGGUGACCUAGCCUGAUUCAUUCUGGGGAAUGUUCCACACGUGCUUGAGAAGACUGUGUAUUCUGCUACUCUCGGAGGGAAUGUUCUGAGAUGUCUGUCUGGUCCACUUGGUCUAAAGUCUGGUUCCAAUCCAAUAUGUCCUUAGGGGUUUUCUGCCUGGAUGAUGUAUCCCUUGCUGACGGAGGGGUUCGGAAGUCUAUACUACUAUUACUGUAUCCCUCCCUUGGGAUCUGUUAAUACUGCUUCGUUAAUACUGCUAGGUACUCUGGUGUUGCAUUAAUGAUGGUGUGUUCAUUUUUACGGUAAAGGGAUCAUUUCAUCAUGAGGAUGUCAUAAAUAUUUAUUCACCAACUAUGUGUAUAUUAUAGCCUAAGCAUUGUACUCGAUGUUAGUACUGUCUCAGCCCUGCUCUACACUUCCCUUAGUCCCAUCAGAAAAAAAAAAAAAAAAGUGAAAAGAGGCAUACUUGGUGACACCUGAGAAUUACAUGAAAUUCGAAUUCCAGUGUCCAUAAAUAAGGUUUUAUUGGAACACGGCCAUGCCCUCUUGUCUCGCUAUCACACACUGGCUGCCUUCUUGCUUUGCUAGCAGAGUCACCGUAGGACACGCACAGCCUGCAAAGCCCUAAUACGAUGUGGCCUGUUCCAGAAAAUGUUUGCCAUCCCCUGGUCUAAUACAAGAAGGGAACUGUCUCUUUGUGUGUCUGUCUCUUUUUAGGAACAAGAAGAGUUUUCCUAGAACCCUUUGGCAGACUCUUCCCAAUGCCCUUGGCCUGAGGAUUCCAGAUUUCAUGCUUAACCCAGACACUGGCAGAGGUCAUUAAAAUGACCACGCUGAGCACUGACAUCUUAGCCGGGGAUCAGAUUCCUUCAGCGAGGGAUAUACUCAGGAAGCACGCUCUUAGAAAAGAGAAGAGAAGUGACGGACACUAUGUGCCCCAGUCCAUCCCUGGGCUGCCCCACAUGCACACAUAACUCUGUAAGAAUUUUUAAGAUUCUUAUAUAUUCAUGAAAUGAACUAACCCCUUCCCAAGAGGUAAACAGCCUGAAGCCCAAACCAGUUAGUACUUCCAACUGGGGGGGGGGGGGGUCAUUUGGCGACACGGAUUAUCCUCUUUAUCAGAUGUGGCACCUCAUGGCCUGGCAACCUGUGACAGGAAGCUAAGUCCUAGACGCCCGAUGUCCCCAACAUGUAACGGGGGAAAGGAACAGGAUGUCUAUCCUAAACGAUCCUCUUUGGAAAAUGCAUGAGCAGAAGCAGAAUCAAUCCCCAGUGGCUGAAGGUUCUGGUAGCAGCAGAGCUGGGUGGUUCUGCCUUAUGGUCUUUUAUGAGGCGGGGUAGACUUUGAGCUGGAGAACAUCUGUCUCCUCAUCCUGUGGCUGUGUCUCCUGAGGCCAGAAUGUCAAGCUGUGAUCGUCGUAGCUACAUCCCUGGGCUUGGCCCUUUGGUGAAAAGGCUAGGACCUGGCCUAUCUUUUCUAGUUAUCUCCCCCAUUCUGUUCCGCUUUCAGCCUCCACGCCCCUGACCUGUGGUUUAGCACAGGGCUUGGCAAACACGACCGGCUCGCCGGCCAAAGGCCUGCUUUUUUUAAGGCCCCAGAGCGAAGAACGCAUUUUGGUUCUUAAAGAGUGCUAAAAAAAAAACGUGGAGAAGAAUGCAGCAACGACCUUAGGCGGCCCGGGACACCUAAACCCUUUACCGUCUGGCCCUUUACAGGCCAAGGCGCCGACUCCUGGCUUAGAACUUGAGUCGUCCAUCCCUGCCCAUCUCUGAAUCCUUGGACGUUAGACUGUGGGCUUCAGGCAGAAACAAUCUCAGCAAAGCCGUAUUUUCUUCCACUUCUGCUUUUAGAUGAACCACCUUUCGGCUCAAAGAGACGUUUUCUCGCAGGAGCUUAGUGGAAACUCUAGGAAGCUGCACAGGGCACCAGCCCCGGCAUGUUUCUCAAACCUUCCCUGAUACGACGACAUCCGUCAGGACCCCGGAGUCCCGGCAUGGAGCCCCGUGUCGGGCUCCCCGCUCAGCGAGGAGUCCGCUUCUCCCUUUCCCGCUGCCCCUCUCCCUGCUCGCGCUGUCACUCACUCUCUCCCCAAUAAAUAAAAAUCUUAAAAAACCCAAACAAAAGAACAGCGGCAGAGAUGAUCUGGUUGUCAAAGAGACCAGACCAGCCUGAAAAGCGCGGAUCCCACCGCCCUCGGCUCUGCCGCCUGCGCCGGCCAGCGGCUCCGCAGAGCGUCUGAGGCUCGCAGCGCCCACGUGUAGUCCCAUCACUCAGUCGCGAGCCGCAGUGACUCCGGCUGAUGCACCCCGGAAGACAUCCGUCUAUCCGCGCGAGCCUCACUCCUUCCGGUGCAGAGCGCGGCACGCCGCGUCCACCUGAUUGGUGAAGACUGCGUCAUGUGACCACGCCCUCGCUGCAAGGGAGGCAUGUGACCACGCCCUCGCUGCAUGGGAGUCAUGUGACCACGCCCUUGCUGCAAGGGAGGCUGGGAAAUAGGCAGCGGGCAUUGUCAGCGUCUGCAGGGGGAGGUCAGGGCGGCCACCCACCAAGACUCGGAAGGAAGGGACUUCCCCAGGAGAGGAAGGAAGUUCCAAGGCCGGGAGGUCGAACCCGGUGCGAAGGUCCUGCUGCAUCCUGCCGGAAUCCCGUUCCCCAUCUACCCGCUCGUGCUUCCCACGCUUUAUGGACGCGUCUCUCAGCCACGGGUCCUUGCUCGUAGACAUGUACAGUCUGCACUAUUGUUUGCCGAACAUUGUUCUUCCAAGCAACUAUCUUUUAACAUAAAUGCAUUGAUUCCGAAGGAAAGUAUCGGGUAAGUUGAAAACCAGCAUCGGUUGUCCCAAGUGACCUGGAUGGGAUUUAGAAUGAGAAUGCUAUGAAGUGCACUGCGGGUGUUUGCCUCGUAAUGGCAAUGUAAAAAACCCACAAACCGAUGCUCCUGCUGGUGUGAGGGAAUUCACAGGGGCGCCUGGUUCCUCCCGGUCACGAUUUCCUGAAUCUCCUCUUCCAAGCUGGUCUCGUGAUACGGCCCAAUCCCACACGGAUGUCAGUGAGGCCAUACCUGCAUGUGCACGAUCAGAGGUUUCCAGCCUCCGAGGAAGCCCGGCACGCCCCAUAUCUCACCCCCGCUUCUGACCACACGCCCCACUCGAGCUUCUGGGACGGCAGCGACCGAGGAGGGCGAUGUGUAAUCCCGCGCAGAUGGCUAAUUACAGAGCGUGUCUGGCUUUUUAAGGGGUUGAGGUUUCUGACUCAUUGCCUCUGGGGCCGGAGCUUUGUUUUGUCUUCUCUGAUGGCUGCCUUUCUCCCUCCCACCCAAGGCCAUGGCCCCCGUCUUCUGCGAACAACCAAACCCUCCCGGGAAGGCAAGGCCAGGCCACCUAAGACACUUGGGCCUCAGAACCAGACAGGCCCAGGUUCCAAUCUGACUCAGCAACUAGUUGCAUGGAGGCUUUGCCAAGUGACUAAGAUGCUCGUGUCCUAAUCUGCAAAUGGGGUAAUGCUCCGGCCAUCUGGUCUCCUGUUCUGCCCUUGUGUGUUGAGCACCUACUAUGCACCAUAUAGUGGGGUAGGCACAGAGACGCAAGGAUGGAUCAGACAGGUCCUACACACUCAUGGAGACUUCAUUGUAGCAAGGACAAACAGACCGCAAGGAAGAAAAAUAAAAUUACAAAUGGGGAUACAGCCCAUGAAGGAGGCAGGGUGAUGGGAAGACAGCAACUCGGGAGACGAGGACUCAUUGCUGGCGUGACGCCGACACUAAGACCUGCGUUAGGAGGGUCUGAGGACGGAAAGGACAGGGCUACGGCCCCGCCGUUACGCAGGGUUGUGGGGAUUCAGUGAGGAAGCCCACGUGUGGGACACGGUCCGGAGGACACUGAGUGCUCGCAGAGCCGCCCAGAACCCUGGCUGACAGACCAUCUUCCCAUGAAUUGUAUCAUUACAUUUGAUUUUCAUGGCAACCCGUCACACAGAGCAGACACCGUGCACUCCUGUUACUGGUGGGAAAGCUAGAAGAGCAGGUAAAAGUACAGCGUUCUGACCACUAUCUGUCUUCAGCGGGAGCUGUGCAGCUGGGAUGCUCUUGGUCCUGGUGGAGUGAAUAUGAGCCCUGCUGCAGAGCCUCCGGCUGGGAUAGCCGCCCCCCGUGGGGGCGAUGCGGACAGCGCGGGACAGCCAGGGGAGCGCGCGGGGGCCGCAGCAUGCGGGAACCCGCUAAACCCGGUGGCUGCUGAGGCGGCCGAGAUGCUCGUGCGCGCAGUGCGCCCCACUGCAUCCUCGACCUUCUCCGGCUACAGGGACCGUAAGUGGCGACUAUGGGCAGACUGGGUUAUUGGACCCUGCUGGUGCUGCCGGCCCUUCUGGUCUGGCGCGGCCCGGCGCAGGGCGCGGCGGCGGAGAAGGGUACCCCGGCGCUGAACAUUGCGGUGCUGCUGGGUCACAGCCACGACGUGACGGAGCGCGAACUGCGAAACCUGUGGGGCCCAGAGCAGGCAGCAGGGCUGCCCCUGGACGUGAACGUGGUAGCCCUGCUGAUGAACCGGACGGACCCCAAGAGCCUCAUUACGCAUGUGUGCGACCUCAUGUCUGGGGCGCGCAUCCAUGGCCUUGUCUUUGGGGAUGACACCGACCAGGAGGCCGUGGCUCAGAUGCUGGAUUUUAUCUCUUCGCAGACUUUCAUACCCAUCCUGGGCAUCCACGGGGGCGCGUCUAUGAUCAUGGCUGACAAGGACCCAACGUCAACCUUCUUCCAGUUCGGAGCAUCCAUCCAGCAACAAGCCACGGUCAUGCUGAAGAUCAUGCAGGAUUAUGACUGGCACGUCUUCUCCCUGGUGACCACCAUCUUCCCCGGGUACAGGGAAUUCAUUAGCUUCAUCAAGACCACCGUGGACAACAGCUUUGUGGGCUGGGACAUGCAGAACGUGAUCACCUUGGACACUUCCUUUGAGGAUGCCAAGACCCAGGUCCAGCUGAAGAAGAUUCACUCCUCCGUCAUCCUGCUCUACUGUUCCAAAGACGAGGCUGUCCUCAUCCUGAGUGAGGCCCGCUCCCUGGGCCUCACUGGAUAUGAUUUCUUCUGGAUCGUCCCCAGCUUGGUUUCUGGGAACACAGAGCUCAUCCCGAAGGAGUUCCCGUCAGGCCUCAUUUCGGUCUCCUACGACGACUGGGACUACAGCCUGGAGGCGCGGGUGAGGGACGGCCUGGGCAUCCUCACCACGGCUGCGUACUCCAUGCUGGAGAAGUUCUCCUACAUCCCCGAGGCCAAGGCCAGCUGCUAUGGGCAGACGGAGAAGCUGGACACCCCGCCGCACACUCUGCACCAAUUCAUGGUCAACGUGACAUGGGAUGGCAAAGACUUGUCCUUCACUGAGGAAGGCUAUCAGGUGCACCCCAGGCUGGUGGUGAUUGUGCUGAACAAGGACCGAGAAUGGGAGAAGGUGGGCAAGUGGGAGAACCAGACCCUGAGCCUGCGGCAUGCCGUGUGGCCAAGGUACAAGUCCUUCUCAGACUGUGAGCCGGACGACAACCAUCUGAGCAUCGUCACCCUGGAGGAGGCCCCCUUUGUCAUCGUGGAGGACAUAGACCCGUUGACCGAGACGUGCGUGAGGAACACCGUGCCGUGCCGGAAGUUUGUCCGAAUCAACAAUUCAACCAAUGAGGGCAUGAAUGUUAAAAAAUGCUGCAAGGGUUUCUGCAUCGAUAUCCUGAAGAAGCUUUCCCGCACUGUGAAGUUCACCUAUGACCUUUACCUGGUGACUAAUGGGAAGCAUGGCAAAAAGGUCAACAAUGUGUGGAACGGGAUGAUUGGGGAAGUCGUCUACCAACGGGCGGUCAUGGCGGUUGGCUCACUCACCAUCAACGAGGAGCGCUCGGAAGUGGUGGACUUCUCCGUGCCCUUUGUGGAGACGGGGAUCAGUGUCAUGGUUUCAAGAAGCAACGGCACUGUCUCACCUUCUGCUUUUCUAGAACCGUUCAGCGCCUCCGUCUGGGUCAUGAUGUUCGUGAUGCUGCUCAUCGUGUCCGCCAUCGCUGUUUUUGUCUUCGAGUACUUCAGUCCUGUUGGAUACAACAGAAACUUAGCCAAAGGGAAAGCACCCCACGGGCCUUCUUUCACGAUUGGCAAAGCUAUAUGGCUCCUCUGGGGCCUGGUGUUCAACAACUCCGUGCCUGUGCAGAACCCCAAAGGGACCACCAGCAAGAUCAUGGUGUCUGUGUGGGCCUUCUUCGCCGUCAUCUUCCUGGCCAGCUACACGGCCAACCUGGCUGCUUUCAUGAUCCAGGAGGAAUUCGUGGACCAAGUGACCGGCCUUAGUGACAAAAAGUUUCAGAGACCUCACGACUAUUCCCCACCUUUCCGAUUUGGCACGGUGCCUAACGGCAGUACUGAGAGAAACAUUCGUAAUAACUACCCCUACAUGCAUCAGUACAUGACCAAAUUCAAUCAGAAGGGAGUCGAGGAUGCCUUGGUCAGCUUGAAAACAGGGAAACUGGACGCUUUCAUCUACGAUGCGGCAGUCUUGAAUUACAAGGCUGGCAGGGAUGAAGGCUGUAAGCUCGUGACCAUCGGCAGUGGGUACAUCUUUGCCACCACUGGUUACGGAAUCGCCCUCCAGAAGGGCUCGCCUUGGAAGAGGCAGAUUGACCUGGCCCUGCUCCAGUUUGUGGGUGAUGGCGAGAUGGAGGAGCUGGAGACCCUGUGGCUCACGGGGAUCUGCCACAACGAGAAGAACGAGGUGAUGAGCAGCCAGCUGGACAUCGACAACAUGGCGGGCGUGUUCUACAUGCUGGCGGCCGCCAUGGCCCUCAGCCUCAUCACCUUCAUCUGGGAGCACCUCUUCUACUGGAAGCUGCGCUUCUGCUUCACCGGCGUCUGCUCCGACCGCCCGGGGCUGCUCUUCUCCAUCAGCAGGGGCAUUUACAGCUGUAUCCACGGGGUGCACAUCGAGGAGAAGAAGAAGUCUCCAGACUUCAACCUGACCGGGUCCCAGAGCAACAUGUUAAAGCUGCUCCGGUCGGCCAAAAACAUCUCCGACGUGUCCAACGUGAACUCCUCGAGAAUGGAUUCCCCCAAGAGGACUGCGGACUUCAUCCAAAGAGGCUCCCUCAUCGUGGACAUGGCUUCUGAUAAGGGAAAUAUGAUCUACUCGGACAACAGGUCCUUUCAGGGGAAAGACAACGUUUUUGGGGACAACAUGAACGAGCUGCAGACGUUUGUGGCCAGCAGGCACAAGGACAACCUCAACAACUACGUGUUCCAGGGACAGCACCCCUUGACUCUCAAUGAGUCCAACCCCAACACGGUGGAGGUGGCCGUGAGCACCGAGUCCAAAGCGAACUCGAGGCCCCGGCAGCUGUGGAAGAAAUCCAUGGAGUCGCUGCGCCAGGACUCGAUGAGCCAGAACCCGGUCUCCCAGAGGGACGAGGGGGCGGCGGAGAACAGGACCCACUCCCUGAAGAGCCCUCGGUACCUUCCGGAAGAGGUGGCCCACUCGGACGUUUCGGAAACUUCGAGUCGGCCCACGUGCCACAGGGAGCCCGACAACAGCAAGAACCACAAGACCAAGGACAACUUCAAGAGGUCCGUGGCCUCCAAAUUCCCCAAGGACUGCAGCGAGGUUGAGCGCUCCUACCUGAAAACCAAAGCCAGCUCCCCCAGGGACAAGAUCUACACCAUUGACAGCGAGAAGGAGCCCAGUUUCCACCUGGACCCGCCCCAGUUUGUGGAAAACGUGGCCCUGCCCGAGAACGUUGACUUCCCCGACCCCUACCAGGACCCCAACGAAAACUUCCGCAAGGGGGACCCCGGGCUGCCCACGAACAGGACCACGCUGCACAACGAGGACGUGCUCCCCAACAACGACAAACACAAAUUCUACUCCAAGCACUUCACCCUGAAAGACAAGAGCUCCCCUCACAGUGAGGGCAGCGACCGGUACCGGCAGAACUCCACGCACUGCCGGAGCUGCCUGUCCAACCUGCCCGCCUACUCGGGCCACUUCACCGUGCGGUCCCCCUUCAAGUGCGACGCCUGCCUGCGGAUGGGCAACCUGUACGACAUUGACGAAGACCAGAUGCUCCAGGAGACGGGCAGCCCGGCUGCCCAGGAGGAGGUCUACCAGCAGGACUGGGCGCAGAACAGCACCCUCCAGUUCCAGAAAAACAAGCUCAGGAUCAGCCGUCAGCACUCCUACGAUAACAUCGUGGACAAGCCCAGGGAGCUAGACCUCAGCAGGCCGUCCAGGAGCAUCAGCCUCAAGGACCGGGAACGGCUCCUGGAGGGGAAUUUGUACGGGAGUCUCUUUAGCGUGCCCGCCAGCAAACUCUCGGGACACAAGAGCGCCCUCUUCCCGCAGGGUCUGGAGGACAGCAAGCGGAGCAAGUCCCUCUUGCCCGACCACGCCUCCGAUAACCCUUUCCUCCGUUGCUAUGGGGACGACCGACGCUUAGUCAUCGGGAGAUGCCCCUCGGACCCUUACAAACACUCGCUGCCGUCCCAGGCCGGGAACGACAGCUACCUUCGAUCGUCCUUGAGGUCAACGGCAUCCUACUGCUCCAGGGACAGCAGAGGCCCCGGCGACGUGUACAUUCCAGAGCAUGUUAUGCCUUAUGCUGCAAACAAGAACAGUAUGUACUCUAACCCCAGGGUUUUGAACCCCUGCAGCAAUAGACGUGUGUACAAGAAAAUGCCUAGUAUUGAAUCUGAUGUUUAAAACCUUCCAUUGAUGUUUUAUCUAUAGGGAAACAUACGUAGCGGCCGACGUGCUGGAGGGUAAAUGUCGGAUGUCCGAUGGUGCCCUGCAAAGAGGAAGAGGAUUUAGGAAGGUAUUUUUUUUUCCUUUUUUUUCCUUUUUUUUUUUUUUUUUUCUGUCGGUUCUUUGCACAUGGCUCCUUGCCAUCGUCUUCCACUCAAGGAAUCUUGGGAGGUGCGAGCGGAGCAUGGCAGAUACCAGAUGGGUGAGUCCUUAACCAAAAACACAAACACACACCCGGGCGGGUCUCCCGGAAGUGCUCACUAGGUAUGUUGGCAAUAAGAAUGCGUUGGAUGCCGGUGGUGAUUUCCUCUAUUCCAAACCCCAUUACGGCCCGUCCGCCAUGUGCUCUCAUCAGAAAUGCCUAGCGGUCGCUCUCGUUCUGAAUAAGCAGUACGGUAUGCAUGGACCCCCUGACUCAGACCCAACAGUGACGAAAGCGUCUUCACUGUAGCGAGAUUGACGUGCAAGAGAUUAGCGAGUCUGGCCUUGUACCUGUUUUCAGCUUUAAUGUUACGCCUCCCAUCACUGCCCAGGCCCAGCCCCCGAACUCCAGGCUUCCCCCCAAAGAAUAGCAAAAGCGUGUGUUCACAGUCACUAAGCUACCUUCGUUAGAGUCUAUUUCCAAGACCCGUCUGGAGUAAGCGGCCAGAAGGGCCCUCAGGCGGAGAGCUCCGAGGACCCCUCCAGACAUCAGCCUGCGCGUCUCACGGAACGCUCUGUCCCCCUCGGCUUCGACGGUUCUGAUCGGAGCCGCAGACUCCCAUGUGUCUGUCUCCGAUCUCUGACUUGCGGCUCUCCCGUCUCUGACCCAGCGGCUGUUGUAGUCUAUCCCGAAGACUUCCCGCGUACGUAAGUUUGCGUCCCCUCCGCCCUUCUGGUGGCGACUCAGGGUUGUAUAGUAUCUGUUACCCCUCCUUCCCUCCCGGACUGACCCUCGCUCGUUCCGUCCCCGAACGGCCAUGGUGGCGUCUAAUUAGGUGUGUGUUGCUAUUCCCAGAGCUGUUACCGCGGUGGCUCGCACCAGCAGCCGUGUGUGUCCCACAAUCUGUAAGAAGUUCAGGGCCCUCCGUCCGCUCAAGGCUAGCCCUAGCUUUUGCGUCUGUCUUCCUCCACGUCAUGAGAUUCCGUUGGACGCGCGAUUCCACCCCAGCCUCAGAUGGAAAGCCUCCAGAACAGGAGACGCGCUCCUGACCCCACCCCGAGCAUCCUCCCAGUGGUGGAUCGGCCUUAGUGGCCAAAGUGAUUCCUCUCUCCCAAAAUGUUCGCUCUCUGGAGUCAAAACCGCUUCACCAGCACCAACGGGAAUCUAUGAGAAACUCCCCAAAGCAUUUGUCAUUUCCGAGUCACCCCCCACUGUCCUUUUUUUACUAGACUCAGACCUGUGCCUCUAUGACCUGGAAUGAGAGUCGUUUAAAAACACCGGGGUCAGAAGGGGUGUCUGCCACACGGGAAGCUCGCAGCACAGAGGGACCCACGCCAGGUGCCAAAAAAAAAAAAGCAAGGGAGGUAGUUGUUCUGCGGCCACACACCAGAAUUUUGUAGCUUAAAAAUUAAAUAUAAAACCCACAGACCACAUUAGUUAACCCUUUUUUUAAGAGUUCAAAUUUUAGCGUAUUUUAACUUCACGAAUGUCCUGGAAAUAGCCAGGGUAACUAGCCAUCAAGUCUGGUGGAGUCGCUGAAUUGUCCUGGCGACAAUCAGCACAGCCUGGGCUAAGAGCCUGCCCGUCUCCUGGUUUCCUCCUGCAUUUUGCUCUGGGUUCCUGGAGAAGGGCACCUGAGUGGCAGGUUGAAGAGUCACCCUGGUUCUUUUCCUGACGGCACGUUCUGUUCUGUCAGUAGUGUUUUCCGGCGAGUGGGCAGGUGCCAGGAGCAAUUCUCUUAGAUCUUGAGGACUCCGUGAACAACCCCAUCUUUGGGCAGGUGCGCCCAGUAACGAUGAGAAGCGGUUGCGUAGUUUCAGGAUCUUCGGUGGGGAGGCAGAGGCGGCCACGGGCGAGGACAUCUUCCUGUCACCGUGCGGCUGAGAGGCGGAAGGGACGGCUAAGGCACUGCGAGCAAACACGUCCAAACGUUGCAUUUUCUUUCUCAGAUGUUGUGCUUUUGCCCCAAGACCCAGGAAUGGAGAAGCCCAGACCCAAGGGCCUCAUCCCCAUUUCUAUUCUUUGGCAAAUUCCUGGCUGUCUUAUCUUUCAGAACUCUCUGCCUUUGCCCGCCCAUUGCUUUCCAGACCUACAUUCCCCCAGCCAGAAUUCACCUCAUUUCCCCGACACGAUGGGCA